GACCGGGACAGACGGAGCUCAGCGGCCACACGAUCCUCACAUCUGCACCCACGAGCACACUGAGGAUGGAGAUGUCAGCGGCUGCAGGAGGCCUGGGGAGGUCUGCGCACCGACAGCGCUCUGGCACGGGGAAGAGGAGGAGGUGGGGGGGUUUGAGGCAGCAGUGGAAGCUUCUUGGCCUGUUUGAGAUCGAUGAGCAGCACGAGUUCUACAGCCUCACCUGUAUGAUGAAGGAGGGUCUGGCAGCAGCCUCCCAAAACACCAUUGAUAACACACCAACAAAUGAACUGUCAGAUGAGGAUUUCAGAUUAGAGGUCACUCAGAUUCAUAAGGACUUUACCAUGGAGACGUUUGCGGGCCCGGUGUUUGCCAGCCUGCGGGGGUUUCUGGGGAUGACGGAGCAGGAGUACCAGCAGUCCCUGAGCUCGGACAGCUGCUACCUGCAGUUCAUCAGCAACUCCAAGAGCAAGGCCGACUUCUUCCUCACGAAUGACAAACGCUUCUUUUUGAAGACGCAGAACAAAAGGGAAAUCAAAUUCCUUCUGAGCAACCUGAAGAUCUACAUGGAGCAUCUGAGGAGAUUCCCCCACUCACUGCUGGUUAAGUUCCUAGGUGUUCACAGGAUCAAAAUCCCACACAGGCAGAAGAAAUACUUCAUUGUAAUGCAGAGUGUGUUUUACCCUGACGAUCGAAUCAAUGCCAGGUAUGACAUCAAGGGCUGCGAGGUGAGUCGGUGGACGGAGCCAGCGCCGGAGGGGAGCCACAUUAUCGUCGUUCUCAAAGACCUCAACUUUGAAGGCCAGUACAUCUCUCUGGAGCGGCAGCGGGCCUGGCUCCUGCAGCAGGUGGAGAUUGACACACACUUCCUCCGGAGGCUCAAUGUGUUGGACUACAGUCUCCUGCUGGCCCAUCAGCCCUUGCAUCACGACGAGCGCCACCAGAGUCUCUCCUUUGCCUCCCUCAUCGUGAGAGCCAAGAAAUCUGUGAAUCCAGGCUCCAGUCCGAUCAACCCAGGCGCAUCUGCGGUUCCGGGGGAAGUCCCAGAAGAGAGCUCCACCUUACUCUUGUCUGAAACUGACGACAACUGUUUUAGGCAAUCUCAAGCAGGAGUUGCAUCAUGUGGGGGAUCCCUUCACACCUGCCCAGAGCAUGCAGGGCCAGGCAGUGACACAGCUGAGCUCCCAGACUUCAAAGCCCAAAACCGACGUUUACUACCCAACCUAAAGAGCCCUCUGCAUGUCAUCGAUGGGCCUGAGCAGCGCUACUUCAUUGGAAUCAUUGACAUUUUCACAGUUUACAACUUCAGGAAAAGGCUUGAGCAUUGGUGGAAGAGGCUGAGACAUCCAGGUCGGUCCUUCUCCACCGUCAGUCCACAGGCGUACUGUGUCAGGCUCUGUCACUGGGUACAGGAUCAUACCAAGUAGGCCUGGAUACACCAACUCUCCCUGAGCAUCAUCUGCAUCUGCUCCAUGGUACCAACCACCUUCUCACAUACUCAAAACACAUCUUGGCAUUAUAUUGUGUGUCUUAUGUAGACAAUUUCUAACGUGGCACAAGUAUAAUUUUAUAGACAGCAUAUUUUUUUGUUAAUAAGGGCUUCAAAGCAUGCCCAAUGUGAUGCUUGUUCUAUUAGAAAAAGCACUUCUGACGGGCAUGAAGACAAAAUGUCUUUCCAAACCCUAUUUCAUGAUCAAUAAAGGGUUUAUCAAAUAUUGUACUUUAUUUUUCGCGAGCAAAAAUAAUCCUAAUAGUAUUGGCUGUACCAGAUGCUUUAUCUCUUAAUAUGACGAUGGUAAUGAAAAAAAAAAAAUGUCACCAUCCAGCAUCACAGAAAGAAGUCAACUCGGAGUCUUUAAUCAUUUCUUCCAGACUUGUACAAUGGAAAGAAACUAAUUAGAACAUUGUCUGAUAGUGUGUGCUUUAAUGCCAGAGAUCUCCAUUUGAGCUUUUAUUAUAAUCUGUUGAUCAUACAGUAUAAUCGGAUAAAACACACCGACGGUGGUGCGUUCAGGUGAAAUUGUGGUUCAGUGUCCUGACCUAAGCACACUGCGGCAAGCGAACCAGAGGAGUUGGGAAUCGAACUGCCGAUCUACUCAUAGGUGCACAAGCCUCACACAGUCAAACGUUCAUUCUCCCCUGUAAAGGAACAGUCUUUAGAAUGGUUCUGACUAUUUAUUGAACUUAAGCCUGAAAUCUAGAUUGUUGCAUCUGUGAACUUAUGGAUGGACAAUAAAGAAACAUGUUAAAAGUC